AUGCAGGAGCUGGUGGCUGGUGUGGAGAAGAUCAGCUUUGACUCGGAGGCUGAGGCCGAGCAGCAGCGAGGAGCUCGGUCCCUGCCCUUGGCGGGGGUGGACGGAGCGCAGGGUCCGGCCGGGCGCGGWGGGGCCAAGCCCGCGGUGUGCAAGCACUGGCUGCGAGGGCUCUGCAGGAGAGGCGACAGCUGCGACUUUCUGCACGACCACGACACCGCCAGGGUGCCCGAGUGCUAUUUCUACUCCCGGUUCGCGAUUCCCGUUGCGUUUGGCGGGCGCUGUCCCCGAUGUGCCCCCGCUCCUCCCGCAGGCGAGUGCAGCAACAAGGACUGUCCCUUCCCGCACGUCGAUGGCACCGCCAGCACCGUGGGCUGUCCCUGGUACGACCGCGGCUUCUGCAGGCGCGGUCCCCUGUGCAAGUACAAACACACGAGGAGGGUGAUGUGCUCCAAYUACCUGGUGGGCUUCUGCCCCGAGGGACCCAAGUGCAAAUUUGUGCACCUCAAGGCCGGGCUGAUGACCAGCAGCACCGACCCAGCCAAGGAAGCUGGGUGUCCAUGGGGGCUGCUACAGCGGGAUCUGGCUGCUGGAGAGGAGAGGGGAGGUGAGGAUGUGCCACCCAAGGAACCACCCACACGUGUCACCCAGCAGCUGGCAGCUCCUCUGUGGGACACCGAGGGCUGCCCCCCGAGCACACAGAACCUGCUGGAAGGAGGAACCUGCUCCAAGGUGAGAGAUUUUGGGAGUGGGAGGGCUGGGAGCAGGGAUCUCACCUUGGAGAGGUGGUGUGGGGAUUCCCAGUGA